AUGGCGGAUCGAUUGACGCGUAUUGCUAUUGUGAGUGCUGACCGUUGCAAGCCAAAGAAGUGUCGCCAAGAGUGCAAGAAGAGCUGUCCUGUGGUCAAGACAGGAAAACUUUGUAUUGAGGUGACUGUUGGUUCCAAGCUUGCUUUUAUCUCAGAGGAGUUGUGCAUUGGUUGCGGUAUUUGUGUGAAGAAAUGCCCGUUUGAAGCCAUCCAAAUCAUCAAUCUUCCUAGAGACUUGGAGAAAGAUACGACCCAUCGUUAUGGGCCAAACACUUUUAAGUUGCACAGGCUCCCAGUUCCGAGGCCAGGGCAGGUCCUAGGGUUGGUUGGUACAAAUGGUAUUGGAAAAUCAACUGCUCUGAAAAUUCUGGCGGGAAAGCUCAAACCGAAUUUGGGCCGUUUCACUAAUCCUCCAGACUGGCAAGAGAUCUUGACACACUUCCGUGGGUCAGAACUGCAAAACUACUUCACCCGUAUUCUAGAAGACAAUCUUAAGGCCAUUAUAAAGCCUCAAUAUGUUGACCACAUCCCAAAAGCUGUCCAAGGAAAUGUUGGACAGGUCCUUGACCAGAAGGAUGAGAGAGAUAAGAAGGCAGAGCUCUGUGCUGACCUGGAGCUGAAUCAGGUUAUUGAUCGUGAUGUUGGGAAUUUAUCUGGUGGUGAGCUGCAGAGGUUUGCGAUUGCUGUUGUUGCCAUACAAAAUGCAGAGAUUUACAUGUUUGAUGAACCAUCAAGUUACCUCGAUGUUAAGCAAAGACUCAAAGCUGCUCAAGUUGUUCGUUCUCUCCUGAGGCCUAAUAGCUAUGUCAUUGUUGUGGAGCAUGAUCUGAGUGUUCUUGAUUACUUGUCGGAUUUCAUUUGCUGUCUGUAUGGGAAACCAGGAGCAUAUGGUGUGGUGACUCUGCCCUUCUCCGUCAGAGAAGGAAUUAACAUUUUCUUGGCUGGGUUUGUUCCCACCGAAAACCUACGUUUUAGGGAUGAAUCUUUGACCUUCAAGGUUGCUGAAACUCCACAAGAAAGUGCUGAAGAGAUACAGUCGUACGCUAGGUACAAAUACCCCACCAUGACCAAAACUCAAGGAAAUUUCAGGUUGAAAGUGACAGAAGGCGAAUUCACAGACUCUCAGAUUAUUGUUAUGCUUGGGGAGAAUGGUACAGGGAAGACAACAUUUAUUCGGAUGCUGGCGGGUUUGUUGAAACCUGAUGAAACAGAAGGAUCUGACAUAGAGAUACCAGAAUUCAAUGUUUCUUACAAGCCACAGAAGAUCAGCCCGAAGUUUCAGAAUUCAGUUAGACACUUGCUACAUCAGAAGAUUCGGGACUCUUACAUGCAUCCUCAGUUUGUGUCCGACGUGAUGAAACCACUUCAGAUUGAGCAGUUGAUGGAUCAAGAAGUUAAAAAUCUUUCAGGAGGAGAGUUGCAAAGGGUUGCAUUGGUUCUUUGCCUUGGAAAGCCUGCGGAUAUAUACCUGAUUGAUGAGCCAAGUGCAUAUCUGGAUUCAGAGCAACGUAUCGUGGCAUCUAAAGUCAUCAAGCGAUUCAUUCUCCAUGCAAAGAAAACUGCAUUUGUAGUCGAGCAUGACUUUAUAAUGGCUACCUAUUUGGCAGACCGGGUCAUUGUCUAUGAAGGACAACCAUCCAUUGAUUGCAGUGCAAAUUGUCCUCAAUCACUGCUCAGUGGAAUGAAUCUCUUCUUAUCUCAUCUGAACAUCACAUUCAGACGGGAUCCCACCAAUUUCAGACCGAGGAUCAACAAAUUGGAGUCCCUCAAAGACAGGGAGCAAAAGUCUGCUGGAUCAUUCUACUACUUGGACGAUUAA